AUGGCUCCCGCUAUCCGCACUCUUCCCGAGGGUCACUUCCUCUUCACCUCCGAGUCCGUCGGUGAGGGUCACCCCGACAAGAUCUGCGACCAGGUCUCCGAUGCCAUCCUCGACGCCUGCCUCGAGCAGGACCCUUACUCCAAGGUCGCCUGUGAGACCGCCUCCAAGACCGGUAUGAUCAUGGUCUUCGGUGAGAUCUCGACCAAGGCCCAGAUCGACUACCAGAAGGUCAUCCGUGACACCAUCAAGAAGAUCGGCUACGACUCGUCCGAGAAGGGCUUCGACUACAAGACCUGCAACGUGCUCGUCGCCAUCGAGCAGCAGUCGCCCGACAUUGCCCAGGGUCUCGACCACGGCUCGCUCGAGGAGCACGGCGCCGGUGACCAGGGUAUCAUGUUCGGCUACGCCACCGACGAGACCCCCGAGAUGAUGCCCAUGACCCUCAUGCUCUCGCACAAGCUCAACCUCGCCAUGUCCGCCGCCCGCCGCGACGGCACCCUCGGCUGGCUCCGCCCCGACUCCAAGACCCAGGUCACCGUCGAGUACAAGAAGGACGGUGGUGCCACCGUCCCCCUCCGUGUCGACACCGUCGUCAUCUCCACCCAGCACGCUGAGGAGAUCUCCACCGAGGACCUCCGCUCCGAGAUCAUGGAGAAGAUCGUCAAGAAGGUCAUCCCCGCCAACCUGCUCGACAACGACACCAUCUACCACAUCCAGCCCUCGGGACGCUUCGUCAUCGGCGGUCCCCAGGGUGACGCCGGUCUCACCGGCCGCAAGAUCAUCGUCGACACCUACGGUGGCUGGGGUGCCCACGGCGGUGGUGCCUUCUCCGGCAAGGACUUCUCCAAGGUCGACCGUUCCGCCGCCUACACUGCCCGAUGGGUCGCCAAGUCGCUCGUCGCCGCCGGCCUCGCCCGCCGUGUGCUCGUCCAGUUCUCGUACGCCAUCGGUGUCGCCGACCCCCUCUCGGUCUUCGUCGACUCGUACGGCACCGGCAAGAAGUCGGACGAGGAGCUCGUCAAGAUCAUCCGCGACAACUUCAACCUGCGUCCCGGUGUGAUUGUCAAGGACCUCGGCCUGCAGAAGCCCCAGUACCUGGCCACCGCUGCCGGUGGUCACUUUGGCCGAUCCGAGUUCUCGUGGGAGCAGCCCAAGCAGCUCAAGUUCUAA